AUGAAGACAGCAGUGUCAAAUUCGUUAGGAGACAAAUCUUUGAAAUUUUCAGAAAUUUGUGAUGCGGCAAUUGCUGAAGAAAUUCGCAGAAAGAGGAGUGGAAAAGAAUAUACUUCUUUACAAGGUUCAGCAUUGGCUGUCGAAAAAGGUAAAGAGAAGGUUGCGUCUGAUGACAGACGGAUGGGUGAAUUGAUGAAGUCGCGUCAGCAAACAGUUGCAUCAGAGAAGAUGAAUCCAGUAGGUACUGAGGUAAAUAAUGGAGUUUCAAUUCUGGCAGUAGACUUGAAUACAGUUGUCAAGUCAACAGUGGGAAGUGGGAAAGCAUGUGUGGUGAAGGAGUUAAUCGAAGCCAUUGAUGAGGAGAAGAAUUUGAUCACUUUCAAAGUGAUAGAUGGAGAUAUCUCGGAGCAUUACAAGAGCUUCAAGUUUACAAUGCAAUGCAUUCCAAAGAAAAAGGGAAGUGUUGUUCAUUGGACUUUGGAGUACGAGAAACAACAUGACAAAAUUCCAGAAUCCCAUGAGAGCUUGUUGGAGUUUUGUGUUGACGUCUCCAAAGAUCUUGAUGCUCACCUCAUGAAAAUGGAAAAUCUGGGGAAGCCUUCAAUGGAAAAGGAGAUAAUCGAAGCUGUUGAUGAAGAGAAAAAUUCGAUCACUUUCAAAGUGAUGGCCGAGGGGGACCUUUUAGAGGAAUAUAAGAGCUUCAAGUUUAUAUUCCAAUUUAUUCCUAAGGUUAAUGGGAGUGUUGUUCAUUGA